GCUGGGUGGCCCCGGGGUCGGGACCGAGGCCGAGGACAAACAGGGCUGCCCGACACCCCCGCCCCCAUGGCCCAAGAUGACCUGGGAGGGGAGGGCCGCGAGUGUCCCCGGGGAGCAGCAUGUGGGGAAGAAGAGACUAUGGGGUUGCACCUCCUGGGUAAUAAGAGGGAGACGGGGAUCGUGUGACUCCCCAGGACCGUGGACGGAGCUCGGGCCCAGGGCGCUGAUGGCCUCCUGCCGCCUCCUCACCCAGUCGGGGCGCCCAGCCAUGGCCAGACCACCCGCCCCGGGCUCGGUGAUUGUGCCAGACUGGCACGAGAGCGCCGAGGGCAAGGAGUACCUGGCCUGCAUCCUGCGCAAGAACCGCAGACGGGUGUUCGGGCUGCUGGAACGGCCAGUGCUGCCCCCACCCGUGGCCAUUGACACAGCCAGCUACAAGAUCUUCAUGUCUGGGAAGAGUGGCGUGGGCAAGACGGCACUGGUGGCCAAGCUGGCUGGCCUAGAGGUACCCCUGGUACACCAUGAGACCACUGGCAUCCAGACCACCGUGGUAUUUUGGCCAGCCAAGCUGCAGGUCAGCGACCGUGUUGUCAUGUUCCGCUUUGAGUUCUGGGACUGUGGGGAGUCUGCACUCAAAAAGUUCGAUCACAUGCUGCCGGCUUGCAAGGAGAAAACAGAUGCUUUCCUCUUCCUCUUCUCCUUCACCGACCGCGCCUCCUUUGAAGACCUCCCUGGACAGCUGGCCCGAGUAUCAGGAGAAGCCCCUGGUGUUGUCAGGAUGGUCAUCGGCUCCAAAUUUGACCAGUACAUGCACACAGAUGUGCCUGAGCGUGACCUCACAGCCUUCCGGCAGGCCUGGGAACUGCCCCUCCUGCGGGUGAAGAGUGUGCCAGGGCGGCGGCUGGCAGAUGGGCGCACGCUAGAUGGGCGGGCUGGCCUGGCCGACAUUGCCCACGUGCUCAAUGGCCUGGCGGAACAGCUGUGGCACCAGGACCAGGUGGCGGCUGGCCUGCUCCCCAACACCUCUGAGAACACCCCCAGCUGAUCCCUACUCCCAACUCUCAGGCGACCUAAGGAGGAGGGCGGCAACCAGGUCCUAAGGCCGAGACAGGAAUAUCAAUGGCGUCCUGAGGGCCGGCCAGAGGCGCCUGUCAGGAGAAUGGUGCCCUGAGAAGCCUCCUGCCCCAGCAGCACCUUCCUUGCAGAAUUCAUGGCAGUGAGAUGGGGGCACAAGGCUCUGUGGGCCAGUCGGCUGAGGGCACGUGGGUGCCCCCCGGCCUUCUCCCUCUGCCCUGGGUGUGUGUGGGGGGGGUGUCUAGGCUCCAGAAGCUGAGGAACUAUAGGGGCAGGGCCCACUGGCCUCAGGCUUCUCCCCCCAACUGCCUGUUACCCACUCCCUUUCUGCUGUACCCAGAGAUGGUGACUGGGAAGAGGGUUGUCCCAGCCGGGCCUUCGAUCAAGAGCCUGUAUUAGUUGAGGUGACACCAUCUGCUGUACCAGAUAAACCCCAAAAUAUCCGUGGCUUAACUCUA